AUGAAUGAGGCUGGCGUGAAACGAGAGGAGCUGUGUGUCACAAUCACAGUCCUCGAGACACUCGACGAUAUAACUCGAGCUAUCAAAAUUGCAGGGACGCGUCCUAUCGUCAAUCAGAUCGGGGUUCAUCCGUGUCCCCGUACAUCUGAGUCGUCCGACGGUCAUGACCCUUGGCUACUGGACCAGGGUAUUCAGGUUCAGAAAUUCUUCGUGCUUGCAACGAUCACUGUCGUCAAAGGAGGCCCGCUUGACCCGAUCAUAGAUGCAUGGCCACAAGUUCAAGCAAAAAGUGGUAUAGAUCACUUCAUCCGAAAGUACGGCGAGAAUUCAGAGGUAUUCUCAAGUCCUUGA